AGUGCGAGUGUGGGCGGGAAGUCUCGUCGUAGAUUCAACCGAACAAUUCGGUCUUUGAAAGCUGUGGCAGUUUUAAUCUGUGAGAAUGUCUGCCAUGUUUUGUCAACUUUGUGGAAGGUCCGAGGAAACGACAGCAACCGGCCCUUUGUUGACGGACAGCGACGUGUGCGCUCACCUGGAGUGUAUGUUAUACUCUUCCAACCUUUGGUGCCAGAACUCACCGGAACUGGAUGAUCUAAACGGGUUUGCUGUGGAAGAUGUGAGGAAGGAGGUGCAAAGAGGAAAACAUCUGCUCUGUCACAAGUGCAAGAAACCUGGCGCCACGGUGGGGUGUGAGCUCAGGCGCUGCUGCAGGUCCUACCACUACCCGUGUGCGCUGGAGGAUGGCGCCGAGCACACGCAUGACGAAGAGAUGGAGACGUACAACAGUCUCUACUGUCCCAAACACAAGGGGAAGCCUGACAAGGGGGACGCGUCCUUCUCAGACACGCCCAAGACCUACUGCUUCAAGUGUGAGGCUCUGAAGGGAAACCCCGCCAUGGAAGGCGGGUCAGGCGCCCACAUGGUCCCCUGCAGUGACCACACGCCGGCCGCUGAGCCCACCGCUGACUCGGACUCUGACGACGGCCCGUCCAACACGGUCGUGUCUCAAGGAAGAAAGAGGAAGUUGACCUUCACCGAAGAAUGGACAGAGGAGGAGCCCAGUGAAAGGAAGAGGAAGUCACGUUCAGACUCGGAUGACAGUGAGGAGCUUGCUCUUCCACUCUCCAGCGACGCGGCGGGCACGCCAAGGUCACCGUCGGGAGAAGUGCUGCAGUGUGAUGCUGAAACUCAGUACGAGGGUGAAACCAUCAUUGACCCACAUGUGAAGGUGGAGAGUCUGCUGGCUCCGCUGGAGUUUUCCCCGCCCACUUCCCCCGUCCCGUUUCUCAAAGAGGAGCCUUUGGAUGAAGAAGAGGAGGCCAUGAUGGAGGCCAGGAGCAGCGAGAAGCGAGAGAAGGCCGUGCCUGCGGAGGAGAGCAGGAACCCUCGUGUCCGGCUCCACCAGCAGUUCCUGGCGACCUACAGGAGGAAAGACAAAGGCCAGGCAGCGUCCGGCACAGCCAAACAGCAGGGCGAUGGGUACGCGGAGCCGCCGGAGGCCGAGUCCAUCAUCCCCUCGGACGUGGACUCGGACAGCCUCCUCGCUCCGGUGAGGACCAGGGACGGGCUCCAGGGCCGCUCGGCCAGUCAGGUGGGCUCCAUGGAGACGGAGAACGGAGUGUCCAGAGCCCAGUCCAGGCUGACCGACCCGGUGGACAUGCCCGAGUACUACCGCUACGCCGGCGCCGGCCUCUUCUCCUCCCCCGUCUCGCCCACGCCGCUGGACAGCAACGGUGCCGCCAUCAUGGACGCCAGCAGCUUCUGGAAGAGCUGCAACACCGCCGGCUGCACGGAGGACUUCUUCACCGAUCUGGUGUCGGAGAUGAGCCGACUGUCCCAGAGGAUCCAGUCGGACCAGGCCAGCCAGGAGGACUACGACGUGGCCAUGAAGGUGAUGGAGGCGUCUGGCAGACUCGCGCUGCUGGUGGACAAGAAGCAGAAAGAGCUGGAGGAGAAGCAGGUGGCGCUGCAGCGAGCUCAGGCGGCCAUGAAGACGCUGGCGUCGGCGGUCAGGAGAUGACCAGCGCGGCGUUUUUAACCCGGGCGACCACCAUUAAUUUAUGUCUCCAAACCGUCACAGGACUUUUACUUUGGCUGUUUUUAAUGGUUCACGAAGCCUCAGCUUCUCUUGUGUUUUAAAGGAAACUGGCUGAAGAAGACAAAGACUUGUUAAAUGGUGUUUUAAUAAAGGUGACGAUAGCGACCAGACCGGAGUGGCGCGUCGUUCUUACAGUAGUCAGUACAGUACAGU